AUGAUCUCCAACCAAGAUACCGAGAAGGCAACAUGGCGAAUGAUCAUGCUCGCAAUAUGGGUAUCCAUAGCAGUAUUGAUAGCAUCUUUCGACCAAAGCUAUGCCGGCACUGUGUUGAUCAUGCCCUCUUUCAAAACCGCAUUUGGACAUUGUGAAAUGACCCCCGAUUCUUCAAGCCCCGAGUGUACUCUCACAACAUUGAAACAGUCAAUGGUCAGCAUCACAAUUCUUUUCCAAGCGCUUGGAAGUGCUACCACUGGAUUGCUGGGCUAUAAGUUCGGCCGCAAGACUACCAUACAAGUUGCCUGUGUGCUGUGCGCGGUCGGAGCUGCUGGUAUGCUUGGGACUGCUGGCAACUUCCUCCACUAUAUGGUGUGCAAAUGUAUCAGCGGUGUUGGGAUAGGACAACUGCUCGCUUCAAGUAUGGUGUAUGGCUCUGAAUGUGUUGCUGCAAGCAAGCGCGGCCUCUUGCUCGGAGUCUUCAAUAUCGGGCUUGCACUAGGCAGCGUGAGUGCCGCCGCGGUGUGUACUGGAUCAGCGACCUUGAAGGCAGAUAACGACUGGCAAUGGAAGACGCCUAUUGCUUGUCAGAUCCCUCUCGCGCUGAUCCUCGGGUUUGGGACGAUGAUGUUCCCCGAGUCGCCGCGGUGGCUGCUGGUGAGGAAGAAAACUGAGCAGGCUCGUCGGUCCUUCGCUGCUUUCAAAUCCUUGGAGCCGAGCUCAGCUGAGGUGACGGCUCAACUGAAUGAUGUGCAGAGGCAUCUUGAUCUGGAGCAGAGCUUGAGUCAUACAACAUCUUGGGUGGAGAUUUAUCGAGGUCUUGAUCUUCGCCGAACGGCUAUCUCGGGAAUGACACUGUUCGGACUCUCCAUCACUGGUAUCCAAUUCGUCUCGCAGUAUGCAGCUCUCUUCCUCAGCGGAGUCGGUGUCAACAAUCCAUAUCUCAUCAACACCAUCGUUGGCCUGUGUAUCUUCGCUGGUUCCUUGAUCGGCCCACACGCCCUCGAGUACGGCGGAAGACGGUUCUCGCUGAUCUUCGGCUAUAUCAUGAUGGCAGUUUGUAUGCUAAUAUUGUCAUCCGUCAGCACGGGUCUUGGACCUAGCCACCCGGUAGCGAAGAAAGUCGUCGUUGUCUUUCUUUGUCUUUGGGCUUUUUUCUUUGGGGGUUUCAUCGGAUCAAGCGCAUGGCUGUCCUCGGCAGAGAUGCACAGUGUCCGGCUUCGCACUUACGGUCAGGCAAACACGACCUGCCUGUAUGAGAUUGGGAGCUUCGGAGCUGCCUUUUGGACUCCGUAUAUGCUCCACCCGAAAUAUGGCAACAUGGGUGCCAACGUCGGGUACUUUUACUUUGGAGUCACCGUUGCUGUUUUGAUACUCUCGUAUUUGUUCGUGCCAGAAACGGCUCGGCUGACCCUCGAGCAGAUUGAUGAUCUGUUUUUGCGCGGUGAAAGGGCUUGGAAGACAUCUAUGAAAGGGAAUGCGACUAUUGCCAGUGCCGGCUUGGAUCAACCCCUCAUGGCCGAGCGUCAGCAGCUGGAAUGA